GCUCUACAAUUCUCCUUCUCUACAUUUAUCAUUUCGCAGAAAAGGAAAAUGGAAGGCAACAAAGAGCCCAAAAGCCCCGAGUGGUGGGCCCAAAGGGCGUGGUCCCUACUCUCCGCCGUGCGCCGCCAGUCUCCGCUGGUACAAUGCAUCACCAACUUCGUGUCGAUGGACUUGAUGGCCAACACCCUCCUCUCCGCUGGCGCGUCGCCGGCCAUGCUCCACACGCUCGAGGAGAUUCCCGACUUCACGCCCCACGCCCACGCGCUCUGCCUCAACGUGGGUACACUGUCCGCCGCCUGGCUACCGGCCAUGAAGCUCGCGGCCGAUGUCGCCACCAAGGCCGGGAAACCCUGGGUUCUCGACCCCGUCGCCGCCGGCGCCUCCGGUUUCCGGUUGAAGGCUUGCUUGGAGCUUGUGGAGCUGAGGCCCACCGUUAUUAGGGGUAAUGGGUCUGAGAUUAUAGCUCUUUCCAAUGCUUCUCUUCAUCCCGCCAAGGGUGUAGAUAGCUCGCACGAAUCAACAGAUGCAGUGAAAUCAGCAAAGGCAUUGGCUCAAGCUACCGGAGCUAUAGUCGCUGUAUCUGGAGCUGUUGACAUCAUCACUGACGGGAAGCGAGUUGUUGGAGCUCACAAUGGCGUGGCCAUGUUGCAGAGGAUUACAGCCACAGGGUGCUCCGUUACUGCCCUUAUUGCAGCCUUCAUUGCAGUGGACCAGUCUCGCGCCUUGGAAGCCACGGCUGCAGCGCUUUCGGUGUUUGGGAUCGCCAGUGAGAUUGGGAUGAACAUGGCCAAUGGUCCAGCCACUUUGAGAAUGCACUUGAUUGAUUCACUUCAUGGACUUGAUGAAGAUGCUGUUACUUCACGGGUGAAGAUCACCGGCUUUUGUGAUGAGAAAUGAGGCUUUCUUCAUUUGGGGUAUGUCACAUUCGUGAUCAACCUUUACUAGAUUUUUCUAUACGGAUUUUCCAUGAUGAGCAAGUUACAGAAAUAAUGGAUAUACAUGAGGAAUAAUCUCAGUUCUUUGCCCACAGUGCAUAGUGCAUUUUAGCUGUAAACUUUUUGAAUAAGUUAUACACUGUAUUGAAAUUACAAGCCAGUAUGUUUCUUAAUACUCUAUCUGAGUUUUGUUUUCUUGUGCAUUUGACUUAUGGUCGCGCACAAAAUUUUUUUCA